CAACCCUAUGGCGUGGGUGUUGAUUAUUCGGCGUAUUUCGCGCAGCAAUAUUACGACCCGAAUACGUAUGCCCCUGCUCAGACUGGGAACCAGGUCCAAACUUACUACAACCCGUCGGAGUACACUUUGGAAACCCAGCGUUUGGUGAGCUCGUCAGAUCGGAUGUCGUACCAAUCCUCGCAGCAAUCAGAUACCAACUCAUCUCAUAGUGACACCAAGAAAUUUGUGCACUUUUCUGCAGACACCCUCAGUGCUGGUGGAGGAGUGCACAAUUAUGGCUAUCCGGGAAACCAACAGCAGCUUCAGCAAACCCAGCAGCCG